AUGCUCAUUACAGACUCCCCUCCCUCAUUUACACGAUUCUUUCUAUUAUUUUGCCCUCCCACCACCACCCGACCAAAUCCCACCUUCCUUUCUCUGUUCCUUACUCUAUCUCUAUCGUUCGUCAGCUUUACAUACAAGCGGGUUGGUUUGGUUGCGUUCAUUCUAAUCAAACGACGUCGGGCUGGACUGACCGUUCGUAGCUUUCAAGUAUUUCUUUAUUUAUUAUUUUUCUUUCCAUUUGAUAGUUUCCUCUUACAGUUUUUCUUCUCCUUUUCUUUUUCCCUCCUGCAAUUCUUUUUUUUUUUCUUUUUAGAAUCGUUUCCUUGUUUUCUUUAUUUAAGAAAAACUGUAUCUAAAAAGGAAAACAACUUUUUCCUUCUCUCCACUGUCCAUAUCUAUCUAUACUUCCUCAGCUCGUUAUCUAUCUAUCUAUCUAUCUAUCUAUCUAUCCUUCCUCAAUCUGUGAUCUAA